GACCAACUCUCCGCGAACCGAACAACCCUCCAUGUAGCGCAGGAGCCGCACGCUUCUCACUGUCCACGGCUUAGCUCAAUGCUGGCUAUUCCGACGUCUUUGCCUUUCACUGCCAUUCCGUCCAGUGCUUCAUACAGCUAAAACAGCUCCGCAUCGCCGCCGCGUUACGCCGAGGCUCAUCGACGGGCAGCACCCCGAGUCGACAUUAUCCACAGCAAUGGACAGGUUACAGGUGCUUGAGAAGGCGAUCGAGAAGGUCAUCCUAGAUCCCCAAUACCACGACAUACUCGCGCUCGUGAAAGGCAUACGGAAUGGCAUCGUCUACGGGACCAAAGUGCGAUUUCCGCACGCGCUGGUCAUGAUCUUCCUCUUCCGCUCCGGCUCACUCCGCUCGAAAUGCUGGCUCGUCUUCAAAGCCACGCGCCAACACGCGCGCAACCUCGGCCUCUUCGCCCUCGUCUACAAGGGCGCCAUGCUCCUCCUCCGACACACUGCCCCCGACGGCAAAGAGCGCCACUACGACUCGUUCCUCGCCGGCCUCCUCGGCGGCUACACCGUCUUCGGCCGCACGAUACACAACUCCGUGUCCCAGCAGAUCGUUAUAUACGUGUUUGCGCGUGUGGCUCUGGCGCUCGCGAAGCUUGCUGUGCAGCCAAGGCACGUGGGAGAUGUGAAGGGCGGCGGGAGUGGGUGGGGCUUGCUGGACGAGAGGAGUGGGCUGAGGAAGGAGUUGGUGAAGAAUGGGUGGGUGGGUUUUGCGAGUUUGAGUUGGGCGAUGGUGAUGUAUGUGUGGAGGUGGCAUCCCGAGGCGGUGCAGCCGAGUCUGAGGAGCAGUAUGAACUACAUUUACGGACAGUCAGACGAGUGGGACUCGCUGCGGACAUUCAUCUGGCACAACAAAUAACGCGUCAGCAUUCCGAUGGGGAAGGCGUAAGGGGUCAACGUCACGAUCUGCUUCUUGUAUACGUUCGGUGCUUGUAUGACUUUUUUCACAUUUCGCACGGCGGCGCGACUUCCUUCAGGACUAUGUAAAACCGUGUGACACGGUAUGUCCCAUCAACCACGCUAGAGCUAAACACAUUAGAAAAGUAGAGGACACGAGACAAGCAAAUUCAAAUGCAUCAUUUUCGAACAGUAGGCAGCUCAUGCGCCGCAGCAUGACCUCCCACAGUCUGCCCACCCAGCUCACUUGCUC